AUGGUUCAAUCUGUUACUCCACUGUCACCGAAUUCAACCAUUGGUUCAAGCAGUUCCAAAAAGAACAACUUGUUAAACUUAUUCAGCAAACGAAAAGGGGGAAGUAAAAGUGGUAACUCUGGUAGUGCUGGUGACGUUUCCAAACCAUCUAGACUGGGAUCACUAAAGUCCACCAUUGGUUCCAGAAGCAGGUCAAAGGGAGACAAGUUACAAAAGAUAUCUACUCGCGGAAGCAGUCGGAGUAGGAAAAGAGAUUUGUCUGAAGGAAGAGACUUUUACGUUGAUGAUGGAGACUCCUUGUUAUACAAUGAUGAAGAUGAUGAUGAUGAAGACAUUGGUGAUGACACAAACACUUUGGGAUACGCUUCUGACACAUCACUGGGUGCAUCAAUAGGUAGAUCACCUUCCAUGUUGAGCAGGAUCAAGUCCAAUGGGUACAACAACAAACGAUCAAGUACUAUACUAAACCACAAUGUUGAUGAAAAAGUUGCAUUCCCCAACUUGGAUCAAAUUAUACGCGAUUCAAACAUGAUACUACCUAUAACCAGCGAAGAGGAAGCACCAUGGAAUGGGUUAACUUAUGAAUCUUUCUUGAUACCAAAAUACGUUAAAACUUCACGUCACACAAAGAAAAGCCCCAAGAUUAUAAACAACUUAUUUCUUGCUCAAGAGUUGAAUGUUGACAAUUAUAAAGCAAACAAUGCCAGUAUCAAGUCAAAUGAAAGCAGUGAUACGGAACAAGAUCAUCUAAAUCUGCACCUGCGUCUGCAUCUGCAUCUGGAAAGUGAAGAAUAUGCAUCAUCUGACAAUCCCGGAUACGAAAAAUAUGGCAUUGGCAAAGAAGUAUUUGUUAUGAAGUUUAGUAAGGAUGGGAAAUAUCUUGCUGCUGCUGGAAGAGAUGCAGUGAUUCGUAUUUGGAAAGUUAUAUCUUCACCUUUGGGGAGAUUGGAGUACAACCAGAAUGAACGCGAUACCAGUCCUGUUCGAAGCAAUAAACGCGAUGCCGUGUUUGAUUCAGCACCAGUUUUCCACAAGACACCCAUUGAAUUGCGUGGCCACACUAGUGGUAUCAUUUCACUAGCUUGGAGUAAAAAUAAUUUUCUCAUUACUGGAAGUAUGGACAAAACUGCCAAACUAUGGCAUGUUGAUCGACCAAAUUGUUUACAAACAUUUCAACAUCAAGAUUUUGUCACUUCUGUGGAAUUCCAUCCAUUGGAUGAUCGAUUCUUUUUAAGUGGGUCUUUGGAUAACGAGGUUAGAUUGUGGUCCAUAUUGGAGAAAUCAGUGUCAUAUUGGAGAAAUUUGGGUGAAGAGGUAUUGGUGACGGCAUUGGCAUUCACCCCUGAUGGAUUGCAUUGUAUGGUUGGAGGGUUUAAUGGAUCAAUCUUUGUGUUGGAAACUAAAGGAUUGCAUGUUGUCCAUCGAGCUGAAAUCAAAGAGAGGUCGAUAGUUCAUGCAUUCCACGAACGAGGUGGCAAUAAAAUCACUGGAAUUGAAGUUUUCCACAAUCCCAAUCAUGACCCAGCUAAUUCAAACCUUGAUGUAUCAUUUGAUCAAUGGAAUGUUCUUAUAACUACCAACGAUUCACGAGUGAGAAUGAUUAGUACUGCCAAAAAGAAGUUGAUUACUCGUUUUAAAGGGUUGACAAAUACAUCAUCAUCAAUAGCUGCAUCAAUUACUCAAAAUCAUAAAUAUAUAAUCUCAGGAUCGGAAGACCAUUACUGUUAUGUUUGGGAAAACAAUAAUCGAAUCAUCAACAACAAGAUCAAACAAUCACUUAAGGAGUUUGUCAUUGAUGGGAAACAAACAAUGAGUGAUUUCCAUCACAAACAUGAAAAGUAUUCCAAAUUGUUUCACUCAAACAAGUUGAUUGGUAAAUUGCUUGACAGUGGAUCUGAUGAUGAAAACUUGCGUCAUGAUUUCGUUGCUAAUGAAAAUAAUAGUUAUGCAUGCUUUCAUGCUCAUCAUUCUAGAUGCAAUGUGGCGGUGUUUGCACCAGAUUCAACGAAGACGUUGCUCGGCUUAUCUGAUGAUUUGAUUUUCGAUUUAAAGAAACGAGGUGAGGCAUGCAAGAUGGAUCCUAGUUUAUGUGCUUCUGCAGCUGCGCCUGAGAAUUAUGGUAAAGAAUGUGCUCGUUUCGAUGAAGGUCCAGGAGAAGGGGAUAUUAUUGUCACUACUGACCAAUACGGAUUGAUCAGAGUGUUUCGUCAGGAUGUUGCUAGUUCCUACAGGAGACAGUUUAUUGACUUGUACAAAAAAUGUCAUGCUCAGAAUAAAUCAUCAGUUUUACUUUCACCCGAGUCGAAUUCGAUUAAAUCGAGUGGCGCUAAUAGUCUUAAUAUAGGCGGCGGUGGCGGUGGUAGUGUUAAUGGAGGUGCAGCACCAAACGGAGGCGGUGGUCUUGGUGUAGGUGUACCUAAUGGCAGUAUUGGUCACAAUUUCCGUCCAUCGAGAAAACUACUGGGUAGUGAAAAAUUUGGUCUUUCAAGAAACUUUGACUCAUCACGAUCAAUAAGUUCAAUACUUUCUUCAAAAAGAGGGUUGAGUGCCACUGAUAUUAGUCAAACAUUGUCGCAUAAUGGUCAAUACAGACCACAUCCAGUUCCAUCAAUGCCAUCUUCAACAUCAACAUCCACCAUAAAACAAUCAUUGACUACUGAUCCAUUCAAUGCAAGUUCAACAUCAUCCAAUUAUACAUAUCAACGACAACGAGCAGCUCCUUUAUCGCCACCUAAUCACCAAAUUUUCAAUCAACCUGACAUUCCUAUACAUUUAGAUCCAUCUGAUGAAGAAGAAGAUAAUGAGUUCGAUCAUAUGGAUAGUGAUGCGACAAGUACUACUGAAAUUGACAACACUUCUUCAGCAAUGGUUGAUGGUGGUGCUAGAAGAAAAGGUGGUGAUAGUUAUUCAACAUUGAGUAAUUUGGAGAGUGCCAAUCCCAAUGGACCAGUGGUGGGCAGUCGAGAAGAAGUGUUUCCAAGCUUGAAAAAAGUAUCCAAUCAACAACAAACACAUGCACCUCCUCCCCCACAGCAUCAAUUUCCACACCAGCAUGUUCUGCGUGGUGGAUUCAAAAUGCCCGCUCCACCAGUAACACCGCCAGCUGGUAACCAAAUGCAUCAUGCACAUCCACCACAUAAUAAUAGUGGAUUUGGAUUACAUUCUAAUGGUGGUAAUAGCAACUCUAUCCCUAGAGGAUCCGCAACUGCUACAUCGGCCACAUCAGCUGGAGGAGCACCCUUGGCUUCGCCAGUAACAUCUACUACACCAACACCAACGCCCAUUCAAUCGUCAUCCUCAUCAAAGCCAUACCCAAUUUCACCCAAACCAGUACCUGCUACUAAUGGAGCAACUUCGCCACAAGUUCCCCAAAUCAUCUUGCCUGAUGCGUCAUCACCGUCACCAUCACCAUCGCCCAUGGCUGGCCAACCUCAACAACAUCAUCAACCACAUCAACCACAUCAUCAUGAACCACAACUCACACCCGAUUUGCAUUCGCAAAUUAGUCGUGUAUCGAUUCACUCAACUGGUGAUGCACCACACUCAUAA